AUACGGUACCGGUAGCGAGGCGAGUCAAAUGAACAGAAUGCGAUCUUCGAUCAGUCCACAGUCUGUGCAACACUCCUGUUGCUGGUGCUUGAGAGCGGAAGAAGGAUAUCAAUCUCACAACCACAGAACAAAGAUAGACCGAGACUUUGAUUGAAACAACCACGACCAAGACGCGAGGAACGACAAUCCCUGGCCCCUUUUCUUUCCCUCCAUCCCUCACAAGACUUUGCAUCCAACGCAUCGAAUCUUCCACAGAACACGGUCAGGUUUCAACCAAGAAAAGGAAACAGUAACAAGCAUGGGAUUGUUGAAACAUGGAAUUCUCCCCCUCCUGGGGCUAUUGCAUGCUGUCAUGACUCUUGUUGCCAUUUCGGGCAAUAUGGGCAAAGGCAUGGUGGAUGCCGGUGUUGUGCCGCCCGACCAUGAAUUUUCGGCUUUUGAAGAGCACCUGUUGAAUGUUGUGGGAAUGCUGCAUGGGAUAAUGUUAAUUGGCUGCACCAUGGGAGUCCUUGCUGAAGAUGCACAUUAUCGUGGCAUCGUCAUUUGCCAAGAAACCAUCAUGUUUUGUACCAUUGCCUACAGUGAUUUUGUUCGUGGAUAUACUUUAACUGUGAGUGCCUCUUUGGCGGUUCUUACCAGUCUUGGAACUAUUGUGCAUUUUAUGGAACCGGGAAUUUUUACGUCGGACAAGGCCAAGACCAAACCCAGUUAAUGGGUGGAUUGAAUCAUUCAUUUCGUAUAUUAUUGUGGGCUAUAAGGACAUUUAGUGGUUGCUUGAAGAACGCUGUGCUCAUUUUUGAAAGUGUUGAAUGAUACGAGAUGAUACGCAGAUCAAGUACACACCUCAUAGAAUAUUCCAUGAUCUAUCUCAGUUUAAGGAGAUUAUUUACCGCAUCU